UCUCUCGAACGGCCACAAAUUCAAGAAACGACUGAUUUUAGUAGUCCUCUAGGAUAUUAUUUACCGAAUCGAGCAAUGAAGCCGUGAUUUGUUAUGCGCAUAUUCAUAUGUGGGGAGGGAAAGGGCAUGCUGAUCUCACCCUCACCGAAAGUGGAGUUCGCGUCCUUCCCGGGCUCGCUGCAAAGGCGGCUCGGCAGUGUUACAGCUCUUUUAGAAUUUGUCUAGCAGGUUUUCCGGCUUCCGUCGGAAAACCCCUCCCACUCCCCUCGGUUUCCAAGAACAGCUUCUGCCCGGGCCUGGCGGGCGGUGGGGCUUGUUCCCGCUGGGGUCCUCGCUCAGGCACUUCCGCCUCGUGCCCAGUAGCUUCCUUCCCUCCUCCUCUGGCCCGGCGGCUGCGGCAGGAGGCGGCUGGGGAUCUCUCCAGGCUUUGCACUAGUCAAGUAGCGACAGGCCUUCCAUGGCGUCCGCCGCGGCCCAGCCCGCCGCCCUGAGCGCGGAGCAGGCCAAGGUGGUCUUGGCGGAAGUGAUCCAAGCGUUCUCGGCCCCAGAGAACGCCGUGCGCAUGGACGAGGCUAGAGACAAUGCCUGCAACGAUAUGGGCAAGAUGCUGCAGUUCGUGCUGCCAGUAGCCACACAGAUCCAGCAGGAGGUUAUUAAAGCCUAUGGCUUCAGUUGCGACGGGGAAGGCGUCCUUAAGUUUGCCCGCCUAGUCAAGUCUUACGAAGCCCAGGAUCCUGAGAUUGCCAGCCUGUCCGGCAAGCUCAAGGCACUGUUCCUGCCGCCUAUGACGCUGCCGCCCCAUGCGCCAGCUUCCGGAAGCAGUGUGGCUGCCUCCUGAGAUUUGUUCUUGUCUGUGUGCCACAGCUAGGGAAGAAGACCUCGUGUUCCAGGGAAUAAUAAAUGCGCUUGUGACUAAA